AUGGCAGCCCCCCAACCGCCCACGGCUCCUCCGCAUCGGAGUCGUGGUUUCAGCGUGAAAUCCGAACAGUCGCAUCGCUCCAGUACCUCCGGUCACAAAUCCCAUCUCUCCGAGAGUUCCCAGGAGAAGGCCAAGCGCAAUCUCCAUACCAAAGCCGACCCACUCGUCGCCAUGAACGAGUUGCAGCCCAUGGCCGUCGCCCUCGAGCAGGGCACGAUAGGCUCUCUCCGUGAUAUCCAGCACAAAGACCAAUUCGGCAAUCCAAUCACUGACCCCGAUUGGUCCAACCCGACUCGGCCUCGAUUUGAGCGUCCGCUCGAUACUAUCCGCUCCUUUGAGGCGGCCAUCUAUGGCACAUACAAUAGCACCCGCCCGAAUUCCUAUGCCCGCACAGGUUCGUUGGGCUCCACCUUCACCUCCACCCCAGGUCCCCAGUCUAAUCAAUUCCCAGUAGACGACGCCGCCUCCCAGAUGGGAGAUUUCAGCCGCCGCACCAGCACCUACGGCCCCAAUCCCUACGCCAACCGCGGCUACAGUGAGCAAAACGCCCACUAUGGCCGUAGCGGACCCUCUCGUCCCGACAGCAUGAUCGAUGCCUAUGGUUCCCAAGCUCCCGACAACUACUAUCCUCCGAGCAAUCAGAACGGUGGCCGUCGCCCGCGUGGUGCGGCCCGCAUGUCCUCCGACCAAAAUCACGGCUACGGCUACCAGCAGCAGAACUACCAGCGUUCCUACGACAAUGUCACUGCCAUGUCCGGCUCCGGCUCUGGCUACACCGACCCGUCCGGACAGUCCACCGACCCCAGCUCACUGAACAGCUCCAUGGACCAGUUGCAACAGGCUGCUCUGCAGCAACAGCGCCUUGACGAGCGCGCGCAAGCCGAGUACGGCUUCCAGGGCUUCAAUGCGGGGCCUAAUCUUCACGGCAAGGGCAUGCCCUCGGCGCCGGCGCCGACGGCUGAUCCAAACUGGGGUGGAGGUUCGCCAUCUGGUUCGCAAGCCCCGAGGAGGACGCCCGUUGCAGCGCCACCGAAACCCCCGGCGGAGAAGCGGAAGAGUUGGUUUAAGAAGCGAUUUAGCAAAGAUUAG